CGCUGCGGUUGUCUCUUUCCGUCGCUCGCGCUGUUGACCCGGAGCCGAGGCUGGCAGCAGUUUGUUUGCCGGAUAACAAAGUGGAUAAAAUGCGCUCCCUCGUCGGACUCAUCGCCGUGGUGGCCGCUGCCAGCGUGUACCUGUACUCCCUGUCCCUGUACCUGCCCGCGGGACCCCGACGACGUCCUCCGCCCCCUGCCCGGAGGGAGCGUGUGGACACAGACGAGUCCCCCGGAAGCAGCGCCGGGGAAGACAGCAGGUUGAAGUUCCCCUCAGACCUGGAGGAGCUGAGGGAACUGGCCGAGCUCCUGCAGUUUUACAAGACGGAGCACACUGGAUAUGUCCUGCUGCUCUUUUGUAGUGCAUAUCUGUACAAGCAGUCUUUUGCCAUUCCUGGAUCCUCGUUCCUGAACAUUCUUGCCGGAGCUAUAUUUGGACCAUAUGAAGGCCUGCUGCUGGCCUGUGUGCUCACCACUGUGGGCUCCACCAUGUGCUACCUCCUGUCACAUGCCUUUGGAAAACGCUACAUUGUGAACUUCUUCCCUGAUAAAGUCUCCGUGCUACAGAGGAAGGUUGAGGACAACAAGGACUGUCUGUUCUUCUUUCUGCUCUUUCUGAGAUUCUUUCCCAUGACACCCAACUGGUUUCUGAACAUGUCUGCUCCGAUUGUAAACAUCCCCAUCACCUUCUUCCUCGGCUCAGUCUUCAUUGGUCUCCUGCCGUACAACUUCAUCUGUGUCCAGACAGGUGCCAUGCUGUCUGAGGUGUCGUCACUGGAUGACUUGUUCUCCUGGGAGCGGUUGCUGCAGUUGCUGGCCAUCGCUGUCGUAGCACUGCUGCCCGGCGCUCUCAUCCGCCGCUACAGUCAGACGCGUCUCAAACUGGACGUCCAGUCACAGAAUGGACUCAUCACAGAUAAAAAGGUCCAGUGAGUUAAGUUCGCUCCUUAGGUGUUUGUGAUGCACUCUGCUCUCAAAGAGUGAAUGUAACUAAAGACGAAACCUGGCACUUUGUGCACACGUGUGUGUGCGUGUGGGCACUACUCUUUCUUCAGAGACACCUGGGCACGGAAAAGGGAUCGCAGCUUUUAAAACGAUGACGAGACUCUCAUAGUAGGAUUUGAAGCAGUGUUACCAAAUGUUGGUGUUUCUGUACCACAACUGCUGGAGACGUAUGAUGAAUAUGAUGUGUAUAUAUAUUUGUAUGAAUGUAUAGUAAUCAUAUGGAGAGAUGGAGGGAUUUCAAGGUCAUUUUUCUCUUAAUACAAUGUGAGUGCGGUUCCAAUGGAAACUGCGAGUGUUCAAAGUGCCUGUUAUGCAUUUAUAGACUCAAACUUCUACCUCCUUCAUGGACAUGUGGAAAACUAUUUGACAAUUUUCAAGGCCAAUCCAUGUUUGUAGUGGUUGGAUGAUUUAGAUGAUUGUUUUUUGGGGUUUGUGUAAAUUAUUUUUAUUUGUAACUGAAACACUGAUUGUAUUGCCGCAGACUUUAGACUAUACAAUUUGAAGUUGCACUUUAUACAUUUUGAGCAACCCAUGGAAUUAAAUUACACUUUUUUGCCACUAAAUGUUCAGUCCUGAUUAAAUGUGUCUUGAUGUUAAUUGGUCAACCUUUAUUCAAAGUGAUUGUGCAGUUAAUUCAUGCAGCGUGAGGCCUCUGUUAAAUCGAGCCUUAAUUUCUGCUGCCUCAUGUGUGCAUGUGUCUUUUGAUCAUAAUCCUUGUCCUGCAGCAUCUGUGCUGCAUAAAGUGUUAUUGCAAAACUCUUUCUUCAUGCGGGUAAAGAAUUAAAAUGUUUGCGCCGGCAA